CCUCAGACGCUGCCUGUUUCCAGCGAAGGCUUCAAUGCCUUGGGCAGUUGCGGCCCGUGGAGGCUGCACUCCAAGCCUGAGGAAAAUUGGCGCUUCCGGACACAGGCGUCUGUGCACAUAUCACAACUUGACAUGCGGGAUGGUUCGUGAGACACCUCUUCCCUCAUCGCAGGUUUCAUGCCCAAGGUUGCACUCAGCCGCCUUGCCGGUUUCUACACAAGGUGCUGAAUCCGCCAAGGACUUAAAGACUACCGUAUGGCACUCCAAAGUGUUCAUUCCCCUCAUCCUCAGUUCUAUUCUACCGCGCUCAGGCUGCCUCAUUGAGGGUUACGUUCCUUUCUCCCCUUCUUCCUUCUUUCCGCAGAUCACGUUGAACGUGUUUUUGUAUCCUUCCUAAUUCACCGCGAGCCGGCAUUCAUUCUUUCGAAGACUACAUUCCACCUAUUUCACCAUGCGUUUCUCCACCAUCAUGCCUUUGCUGCUUGCAGCUGGCGUUGCCAAUGCUCAGUUCGGCCAGGGCAGGAACGGUCAGAACAACGGCCAGAACAACGGCCAGAACAACGGUCAGAACAACGGUCAGAACAAUGGUCAGAACAACGGCGGCAACAAUGGUGCCAACGCCGGUGGUAACGCCGGUGGUAACGCCGGCGGCAACUGUCUCAACCCCGCCGUGAUCUCGAAAAACGCGAACAACAACGGUUUGCAAAACGCCGAGGCUGGUCAAGCUGCAUCUGCCACUGAUGCCAACAACUUCAUCAACUUCUGCGUCGGCAAGACGAUUACAAAUGGUCUCCAGGUCAAGGGUGGAUCCUGCAACCCCAUUCCCAUGGGAAACAUCCCCAGCACUGGCAACAUGAUCUCUGCUGUAAUGGUCAGCCCCCAGGAUGGCGACACUGUUCCUGCGAACCAGGCGAUGAAGUUCUCUGUCAAGAUCAACAACCUUGUGGCUGGAAAGUUCACCAACCCUGACGUCACUUACUACGUCGCUCCUCAGGACCUUCAAGGCGGUAACGUCGUCGGCCACACUCACAUCAGUGUGCAGGAGAUCGGUAACGCUAAGACCACAACUCCUCCGGACGCUCAGAAGUUCGCUUUCUUCAAGGGUAUCAACGACGCCGGUGAUGGCCAGGGAACUCUCACUGCCAACCUCGCUGCCGGUCUCCCUGCUGGUGUCUACCGUGUCUGCUCCAUGACCUCUGCUGCCAACCAUCAACCUGUCCUCAUGCCUGUCGCUCAACGUGGUCCCCAGGACGACUGCGUCCGCUUCACUGUCGCCAACGGCGGCGGCAACAACGGCGGUAACGGAGGCAACAAUGGCGCGCAGAACAAUGGUCAGCAAAACAACGGUCAACAACAGGGUCAACAAGGCCAGCAAGGUCAGAAAGGUCAGCAAGCCCAACAAGGUCAGCAAGCCCAACAAGGCCAGCAAGCCCAACAAGGCCAGCAAGCCCAACAAGGCCAACAGGGUCAGCAAGGCCAGCAGGGUGGGUUCGGCGGCGGUAGGAAGGGCCGAGGACGAUUUGGACGCAUGAAGUUCGCUGCUCGUGACUUCGUUGCAUAGGCAACGCACAGCACUGAACGAGGGGAAUCAAGAUGCGUAGGGGGAAGGGAUUGGGGAUGAAGACCACAUUUACGUUGUGGUAAGGAAUAAUAGUAUUUUCUUCUAUUCACUGAGGUCUGCCAUGGAGAUAGAACAUGCCUUUCGUCGCCAUUUAUGAGGCGCAAAGGCUUACUCUACGGAGUAUGAAGCGACAGCGCUUCAUGGACUGGUUCUGAGCGCGCUUUUCUUUUCUCUGUCGC